GCGAUUUCAGCGACUUUGAAUUGGCGGCUAUGGUCAGUGGGCAGAUCACCUGCUAAUACUGCGAAUUACUAUCUCGUAUCGAUUAAGUCACCGGCUUCAACGCGCGUUGAUCCUGUCAGACGUUGGAAUCCUCCUAGAAUUAUCGAGGCGCCAUUCUUCUCGGUCUAUUGCCGUCGCUAAAUGACAAACACGAGCCAAUUUUUCUGGAAUAACCCCAACGCCGGCUACGGAAUCCUACACUUCAAACCUUGAAUACAACAGUGCACUUUGCGCAACCGUGCAUCCGCAUCUCGAACCAAUUCAUCCUGUAUGGAACAUUAUUUUAAGGAUCACGGCGGUGGUGUAUAUAAGAGACCAGGUGGAACCUCUUCAUUCACCGAGCCCCCAAGUUCAACUCUGCAAGAAGAACUCAACGGAAGCAACACAGACGCCUCUCUUAUACCCAAGCCACUAAACUACUUUUAUCCCACAAUUCCCAUCAUAAUGCGUGCUUCCCACCUCAUCGUUUUGGCAUCGUCCGCACUAGCCUCAUCACCUCCCUCCGCGCCGCGCAUCACUUCCCUCCAGAUAUCUGGUUCCGGAUGCCCCAAUGAUUCCAACUCGGUAAAGAGCACAACCGGUACUCUCACCGACUCUGCGACCUUCACAUUCGGUCAGCUACGUGGCGUCGACACCAGCAACUGCGAAAUCCAUAUACAGUCUUCAGGUGCCAGCCAAGGUUGGCAAGUAGCAGUCAAAGAAGUGGCAUAUGGUGGAGAUGUGCAAUUGAGCAGCGGAAGCCAGCUCGAUGCCAUCACGCAAGCAUUCUGGAGUGAAAACGCUGGUAACACUGCCGUUCUCAGAGCGUCACUUGCAUGCGCCGGCCCGGAUAUCAAAGACUAUGUAACAGUCAAGUCAAGCACGAAUGACCUGAAGUGGUCCAAAUGCACAGGCUCGGACGGAAACCCGGGCAUUCUCAAUGUCAACUUCCGACCGGUCGUGCAGGGCAACUCGGGAAAAUAUGACUUCAAGCAGGCGCGUUGGGGACUCGUGUGGCGACAAUGCUAG